AUGACGUCGUUUGAGGCCUUGUAUGGGCGAAGGUGUAGAACCCCGUUAUGUUGGUAUGAGACUGGAGAGGCAUCCCUGUGUUCGCUGGAUAUGAUCCAAAGGCAGAAUGAGCAAAUCAAAAUGAUCAAGGAGAAAAUGAAGGUUGCCCAGGAUCGACAAAAGAGUUAUUAUGAUAGGAGGCGAAAGCCGUUGGAGUUUCAGGUGGGAGAUCAUGUGUUUCUAAAGGUCUCACAUGUGACUAGAGUUGUGCUGAGUAGAAUUGGUCCUGCAGCUUAUCGGAUUGCGUUGCCUCCGAACCUCUCGAAUCUACAUCCGGUGUUCCAUGUGUCACAACUUAGACAAUAUGUGCCGGAUCCUUCCCAUGUGACUGAUCUUAACCCGGUUCAAGUGAGAGAAGACUUGUCAUAUGACGUGUACCCAGUGAGAAUUGCUGAUCACCACGUUAAACAGCUGAGGGGUAAAGAGAUCUCAUUAGUGAAGGUAAUAUGGAGCUCAAGUGAUGAGGGCGAUGCCACAUGGGAAACAGAGAGUAGAAUGAGGGAAUUGUAUCUGGGGUUGUUUUCGUAA